AUGGUGGGGUUUGCUGAUCCAAGUACAAUUCCCAAUGUGCCAGGCUGGCCGCUAAGAAACUUUCUGGUUUUAUUAUCAAUUGCAUUCAGUAUAUCCAAGAUAUCGAUUCUGGCGUAUCGAGAUAAUUCCGCCAUAAAAACCAGUAUCCCCAAGAGUUUCUGGAUCAAUGGAAAAUCUAUCAGUCUAGUUAGAGAUAUUGACGUGGGUGAUGGUAGUAUUUCAUUAGCCAAAGUAACAGGCUGGGAGAGAAACAGUUCCAACAAGUUAGCACCUAAACUAUCAGAUUUAGGGUCUCUGAUUGAUCCUAAUCAACUUGCAGACCAGGCCGUAGAUCUUAAUUUGAAGUUAAUGAAAUGGCGGGUGGCUCCAUCGCUGAAUUUGGAAGUCAUUAAACAUAACUCUUGCUUACUUCUCGGUGCUGGCACUUUGGGAAGUUACAUAUCUCGAGCAUUGCUAGGGUGGGGUGUUCGUAAAAUCACAUUUGUAGAUAGUGGACGAGUGUCGUUUUCGAACCCAGUUCGCCAGCCGUUAUUCAACUUUCAAGACUGCCUAAAUGGUGGUGCACCCAAAGCUGCAAGAGCGGCUCAAGCUCUGAAAGAAGUAUACCCAUCAGUGGAUUCGGCAGGCUAUCAGAUCGAGAUACCUAUGGCAGGUCAUCCUAUUACCAAUGAAGAGCGUCAGAAGAGUGACUACGAUCAAUUAAUCAAACUUAUCGACGAGCAUGAUACUAUCUUCUUGCUGAUGGAUAGCCGAGAGAGCCGUUGGUUGCCAACAGUAAUCGCCUCGGCCACAAACAAACUUGUUAUCAAUGUAGCACUUGGAUUCGACAGUUAUGUUGUCAUGCGCCAUGGUGUUUCUCCUUCAGAACACCCACACUCUCCACACAUUGGAUGCUACUUCUGUAAUGACGUUGUCACCCCGGUAGAUGUGAGUUAA